CUCGUUCAUGUGUCUACACUUCAGUGACUUUGUUACUGCUGUUCCACUCAAACCGUUGGAUAUAUAUUUGUGUUUCUGUUCGAACGGAAGUGCUGUUCGCCGACUUUUACUCUGCGGCUGCUUCUCGCGACACUUCCUGUUUGGUGCCCGACAGUCAGCUUGACGCUUCCCCAUCAUCACCAGAUGAUGAUGAAGAGUCACUCGCUGUUGCUGCAGUCGGGAUUUGGUGGAUGAAGAAUGCCAAGUCAAACUUAGCUGGAGCCCUCCUCUCGACCAAAGCUCCGAGAGUCCCUCAACUGCUGGUGCCCCCAUCAUGGCUGCCACUCUGGGCUCAGCCUCCCAGGGUCAGCCCAGAGGAGUCGGCCCUCAGCACUGCGUCACACGGGUCGAGCUGUCCGUGGUCGCUGCCAACCUGCUGGACCGGGAUGUGGCGUCCAAGUCGGACCCCUUCUGCGUUCUGUUCCACGAAGUGGACGGGAACUGGGUGGAGCUGGGCCGCACGGAAACUGCUGUCAACAACUUAAACCCAGUCUUUGGAGUGAAGUUCCAGGUGGACUAUCACUUCGAGGAGAUACAGAAGCUUCGGUUUGCACUCUUUGAUGAGGACAAGUGCGCCACGCAGCUGUACGAGCAUGACUUCCUGGGAGAGUUCAUCUGCACACUGGGCGUGAUUGUAUCCAACAAGAAGCUUGACAGAGCCUUGAUAUUGGCCAAUGGGAAGCCAGCGGGCAAAGGCUCCAUCACGAUAACGGCUCAGGAGCUGUCAGACAACAGAGUCAUCACCCUGACCUUCAGUGGGCGGAAGCUGGAUAAGAAGGACUUCUUUGGGAAGUCAGACCCCUACCUGGAGUUCCACAAACAAGGAGAGGAUGGGAAGUGGAUGCUGGUGCACCGUACUGAGGUCAUCAAGAACACCCUGGACCCGUCAUGGAAACCCUUCAGCGUGCCUCUGGUUUCUCUCUGCAACGGUGACAUCGACAGAAGCAUCAAGGUUCUGUGUUACGACUACGAUAACGACGGCGGUCACGACUUCAUCGGGGAGUUUCAGACGUCUGUUGCCAGGAUGAGCGAAGCUCACAACUCUCUUGAGGUGGAGUACGACUGCGUCAACCCCAAGAAGCAGAAGAAGAAGAAAAACUACAAGAAUUCUGGACUCAUCGUCGUCAGAUCAUGCAAGAUCACGCGGAACUACACCUUUCUGGAUUAUAUCCUGGGCGGCUGUCAGCUUAUGUUCACCGUUGGCAUUGACUUCACGGCGUCCAACGGAAACCCCCGGGAGCCGUCCUCCCUCCACUACAUCAACCCGCUGGGCAGCAACGAGUACCUGUCUGCCAUUUGGGCCGUGGGCCAGAUCAUCCAGGACUAUGAUACUGACAAAAUGUUUCCUGCGCUUGGAUUCGGAGCCCAACUCCCACCAGACUGGAAGGUCUCUCAUGAAUUUGCCAUCAACUUCGACCCAACAAACCCAUUCUGCUCUGGGGUGGAGGGCAUCGCUCAAGCCUACUCGGCCUGUCUGCCACACAUCCGCUUCUAUGGCCCAACCAACUUUGCUCCCAUCAUCAACCACGUGGCUCGAUUUGCUGCUCAGGCGCUUCAGCAGGAGAAGGCCGCGCAGUACUUCACGCUCCUCAUCAUUACGGAUGGCGUCAUCAGCGACAUGGACGAGACGCGCGACGCCACCGUUCAAGCCUCGAAGCUGCCCAUGUCCAUCAUCAUCAUUGGAGUGGGCAACGCGGACUUCGCCGCCAUGGAAUUUUUGGACGGAGACGCCUGCGCCUUGAGGGCCAGCACGGGCGAGGAGGCGGUCCGGGACAUCGUGCAGUUCGUCCCCUUCAGAGACUUCAGGAAUGCCCCCAAGGAGACCCUGGCCAAGUCGGUCCUGGCCGAGCUGCCGCAGCAGGUGACCCAGUACUUUAAACAGAGGAACCUCCCGCCCAUCAACCCGGCGCCAGAGUGACACAGUGGCCAAACCUCAGGCCACUUCGAAACGCUCUUGUUUGGGAAGCAGCCCGAAGUCACCUGCGGACGGCACUGGCCAGGUUUUGGGGUUUUCAGUUCCUUUUGGUCCAACAUUAUUGGUGUUGUGUUUGUGCGAGGUGGCACUUGGACGUACAGGGAUGCUUUUGCUUUUAGUGCUGCAUGUGUCUUGUGAUUGGUGGGACGUGAACAACAACCUUGUGCUGUAUCAGUUUCCUCGUGGUCAGAAGAGCUACGUUCUCAGCGCUGUGGGCGGAGCUCACGCGGCCCACGGGAAGACGAAAGGCUUGGCUUUACUCCGCAUGCUUUUUACAUGGUUGAUGACUGGGCAGGGCCGUACGGUCCGUAAAGAACCUGAAGCUGUAAUGCAGAGGACUGUGGAGGGCAGCUGCCCCGCUACGUUUGUGGUACAUCUGUGCAUCUUUGUGCCAAGUAGGAGUUUGUGUUUGGUUCCAAUAAAGUCCUCAUGGUGUCAGUCAACAAGCCACAGAUGCUCCCCACGAAUACAA